AAUUCCUCAAAUCAGGAGAAGCUGCUAUGGUUAGAAUGAUUCCAUCGAAACCAAUGUGUGUCGAAAAAUUCGCUGAUUUCCCGCCAUUGGGUCGAUUUGCCGUUCGUGAUAUGCGUCAAACAGUUGCUGUCGGUGUCAUCAAGGAUGUCGAAAAGAAAGCUAUAUCAACAGCCAAAGGUGGCAAACCAGUAGCUGCAGCCGCCAAAGGUGGCAAAAAAUAG